AUGUAUGACCCGAAAGGAAUUACGAAGAGAAAGAAAAACCCGAAAAUUAGAAUAGGAACAUGGAAUGUUCGAGGAACAUAUAGCGAAGGAAAACUGAAACAAAUAGUUCAAGAAUUACAAAGGUAUAAUAUAGAUCUACCAGCUAUACAAGAGACGAAACAAAAAGGCAAAUUCAUCACUGAAAUAGGCAACUACAUAUUAUUUAAUAGCGGAAUUGACAACAAAGAACUAGGAACAGGAUUCAUGGUGGAGAAGAGCCUUAAAGGAGCAGUAAUUACCUUCAAACCAAUCUCAGAAAGACUGAGCUAUAUAAGAUUGAGAAGUAAGUACAGGAAAAUAAGCCUACUGAAUAUACAUGCACCGACUGAAGAGAAAGAUCUAGAAGUAAAAACAGAAUAUUACGAAGAACUAGAAAGAGGAUAUGUGAAAAUACCAAAGCAUGACAUUAAAAUGGUUAUAGGAGACGCCAACGCAAUGAUAGGUAAAGAGAAUUGCUACAGGCCAACAAUCGGGAAAGAAAGCAAACACCAAAAAACGAAUCAAAAUGGAGAAAAACUGAUAGAGUUUGCAGAAGAAAAUAAAAUGGUAGUCAAAAGAACCUUCUUUGCGCAGAAAGAGAUCUACAAAGGCACAUGGAUGUCGCCUGACGGAAAAACGGUCAACCAAAUAGACCACAUACUGGUAACACCCAAUUACAGGAAUAAUAUCAAACUAACUAAACUAAUUCAUGACAUUCCUAUAUAUAAAGCCAUAGGUUCUAAGUGCAGCACCAAUAGACGCAUGAAUGUGUUGCACGAAGAUGUGGGAGAAAAAGCAGAGGACGUGAAGUUACGAUAUCUGACCCUAAAUUCACGAUUAGAGAGGUUAGUUAUUACUUCGGAUGUGAACCAACUAAUAACCAGGUUAAGAAGCUACAGGGGAGCAGAAGCGAAUUCAGACCACUUUCUAGUAAGAGCAGACCUCAAACAAGAAAUACCGAAGAAAAAAGAAGGAAAGAAGACGCAACGUGAUAUAAAUGUAAACAAACUUAAGAAAGCUGAAGUACAACAGGAAUACGAACAAAAGAUGAAUGAGAGAAUAAGAUCAACAGAGUAA